GGUGAAUAUCAACAAUAAAUAAAAUCAACAAUUCAAUAAAAGAUUUCAAAAUAAUAAUAAUAUCUUAAAUUUUAGCAAAUAAAAUGAUAAGAAAGAUUUGUGCAAUAGGUUGCCCACCGGGCAAUAAUCUUUAUAAAUUUCCAACUAGAGAAAAAGAUGAAGAAAGGAGAAAAUUGUGGUUGGACUAUUUUGAUAUGGAGGAACCAAAUAUUAAAGAUGUAUUUGCUUGCGAUCGACAUUUUUCACAUUAUCAAGCCACUCCAAAAGGUAUUCGAAGAGAUGCAGUUCCAGAUGUACCCAUAAUAUACAAUAAUCCAAAUCCACCAUUUAGAAGAAAGCCAAAAAGUUGGAGACAAAAUGUCACUGUAGUUACUCCUAGAGAUCCAGAAUACAUAAUUUAUCGAAAACAAACUGGAAUAUUUGCACAAAAUGUAUCUAAUAAGAACAACAAUAUUCAACCGAAACUGUUACAUGAACAAUUUACGCCAUUUAUCAAAACGGUUUCUAGUUCAAAGACCACGCAAACUAAUACACGCAUCUGCGGGUCAGUGCAAAUUUCAGAGUUUGUAGAUGAAUAUCGCCUUAACUGUUUCUAUUGUUGUGAAAUAUUUCCAUUGGAAAUGUGGUCCAAUUUUGUGGAUCAUUUGAAACAGAAACAUUUUGAAGAAGAGGAAGCCUUUAAAUGUUUUAAAUAUCUGUCAGAGGAACACGAUUAUACCCCCAUAGGAUUGCCAUCGACCAAAGGCAAUGACAAAUUGAAUGUAGUAACAAAUUCACCAACUGAAUCUUUAGUUUUUGGGCUUAAUUCAACACUAUCUUUAUUAGAACAACCAGUAUUGCAAGAAAAGUCGAAUGUAAAUUCCAUAUUUGAUCCUAUUAUAACAGUUCCACCACUUCAAACUGUUGUUAUAGACUCAAGUCCUCCACUACCAACACCCAUGUUACUACAAACAGUGGAAACUUCAGAUAAGUCAUUUAGUAUGUGCUUGGCUGACAAACUUAUUAAGCUAUUGGAUGAAACAGUUUUAAAUCCCAAUUUUCAAAAUACAGAAAAGCAGAACAUGACUAUUACAAACAACAUAGAAAUUUUGAAUAAUUUCAUAGAAUCGGGGAGCUCUGCAAUGACAAUGCCAACCUCUGCUAAAAAAUUGAAACGCACAACCUCAUCUAAAAAUAAACGACCAAUUUAUUCUCUAAGUGGUGGUCAACAAAAUAUUUUAUCCAGAAGAAAUUCAUCUUCAUAUGCUUCUAAAAAUCGUGCAGUAAAAAGAAGAAUUACAGCGAAAGCAACUGAGCCAAUGACUAAUGCCGAUUACAACGAACCAAUAACUUCCUCCCUACCACAUUGUUCUAAUAACGAAAAUACAAAACCAAUUAAGAAGAGGAUUGUGCAACAAUCUUCAAAAAAUACAUUUGAAAAUAUAUACAAAACUAUGAAAACAAAGCCAAAGGUGAUCUCUUCUGGAAUAUUUUAUUUAAAGGAUAUUAGCAGUAAUAUAUUAUCUAAGCGGCAAGCAUCAAAUAAGAGUGCUUUAAGUCGCUGCCUUAAAAGGGCAAAUACAAUAGAAGCAAUAGAGCCAGAAGACGAAGAAGAAUAUAAACCAUUUUCCAUUGAAAGUCUGCAGUUAAAACCCACAGAGCUUGUUUUCGAAUACACACCACGUGUAAUAAUAGACUUGUUGCUGGACCGUAUGCAGCAAUAUCCGGUUUUGUGGGAAUUCCAUGAUAAACCAUUUAAUGAAGACUAUAAUAAAGCCAUCGAAGAUUUGUGUCAAAUAAUAAACGUCAAAUGGUCACUGAAUAUAGAUUCUUUAAAAAUGCGGCGCAGUAUAAAUCAUAUAAUAAGAUUUUAUCGUUAUAUGUUGCCAUGUCAAAACAUAAAGAAAUUUGCUGAUUAUUUUGAAAAAUGCUCACUUUUUUUACCCCCAUCUGUAGACGAAAUACCACAGGCUCGAUGUUUUCUCUGUUGUUUGUGUUACAAAAAUGAUAUUGAUUUGAGACAACAUCUGAUAGAAGAACAUGAAUCUUUAAACUGGCCUUAUAAGUGUAGACACUGCACGGAACGUUUCAGGGAGAGUGAUGAAUAUGAGUUGCACAAACGUCUGCCACAUUAUGUCGAAAUUUUCACCUGUCAAUUGUGCAACAAGAAGUUCAGUCGUCAUUAUUUGUACCAAAAACAUUUAGAACUGCACAAACGAAUUCAAAUAACAGAAACUGGAAAGUAUAAAUGUAACAUAUGUAGCAAAGAAUUUAAAUCCAACGGUGAAUUAAAAUCUCAUAAAAUUUAUCACGGUGAAAGAAAACACAAGUGUAAUUUGUGUUCGAAAUCCUUCUUUAAUAGUACCGGUUUGAUGUUACACUUAAAAAGACACCGCAAAGAAUUAGAUUUUAUAUGCGAAGUAUGUGGUAAGGGUUUUAUACAUCAGGCGUAUCUUAAUGAACACAUGGAAAAACAUACUGGAGCUAAAGUCACUUGUAAUAUUUGCAAUUUAAAAUUAAGAAAAUGCAGUCUAAUGCGGCAUCUACGCACUGUGCAUGUGGCAUGUGAAGGCACCAUCGAAACUACAUUUAGAGCGAAAAAUCAUAAUUACAAAAGGUUACUGCGACCAAUGCCAUAUUAUAAACGCACUAAAAAACCCAAAGAGAACUUGCCACGCCAAUACGUUUGUAAAAUCUGCAAAAUACCCUUCGAUCGUCUCAAAUUCCUCAAAGACCACAACGUACAGUUUCACUCCGAUGUUGAAAAGUGGCCGUGUAAGGUAUGUGGUUCCGAAUUUAGACGAAAACACAAUCUAAAACGUCAUUAUCGUGAAAAGCAUAAGUUGCAUGUGUAUCAAGUUUACAAAUUAGUCGAUAAAAACGAAGACGUGCGUACAGUGUUGGCAAUCAAAUCUGAAGAGUUAGAGAAAAUGUCCGAAACUUUAUCAUAUUCUCUGAAUGGUCCUAGCAGUGUUAAAACACCAAGUUGUCAAACAACAAUAAUCAAAUCAGAUCCAUAUGCAGGUGAGAUUUACUUUGAAGAAGAAAGAAUGCAAAAUUCUUCAAUACAAUAUGAAAUAAUGAAUGCUGUUGAUAAUAUCUCUACAGAAGACAUUAAAGUCGAUGAUGAUCAUACAAUGACUGCAUUUUUUAGUGAUCUUUUAAGACAACCAUAAAGAAGAUUUAUAUUGUUUAUAUUUAUAAAUUCCUAAGCUCUUUUAUGUAUACAUAUUUGCUUCUUUUCAUAGCUUUCUAUAGCUCCUCGAAGACGAAAUAUAGGUAGUAAUCCUAUAAUCAUAAAGCAGUCAGAUAUCGAUUAGGAAGUGGACUUUCUUUCUGGCUUGAACAGGCUAUACACUUGUUUAUAAAUAAAAUUAUUUUUUUUUGGAAUAUAAA